UGGCCGCCGGGUUUGGUGAGGGCGAAGCGCUGGAAGCCGCCGCCUCUCCCAUUCCCGUCUUCUGACGGCGCCUGCGGCAGAGCAGGCCCUUUCCGUUCGAGCUGUGGGCGCGGUCCUCAGGCCGGACUGUGAGACGGUAUUGGAAUAAAGUUAACUACAGCUUUCUGUGAAAAUGUCAGUUCUGAUAUCACAGAGUGUAAUAAAUUAUGUAGAAGAAGAAAACAUUCCUGCCCUGAAAGCUCUUCUUGAAAAAUGCAAAGAUGUAGAUGAGAGAAAUGAGUGUGGCCAGACCCCACUGAUGAUAGCCGCUGAGCAAGGCAAUCUGGAAAUAGUGAAAGAAUUAAUUAAGAAUGGAGCUAAUUGCAAUCUGGAAGAUUUGGAUAACUGGACAGCGCUUAUAUCGGCAUCAAAGGAAGGGCACGUGCACAUCGUGGAGGAACUGCUUAAAUGUGGGGUCAACCUGGAGCACCGCGACAUGGGAGGAUGGACAGCACUUAUGUGGGCAUGUUAUAAAGGCCGUACUGACGUGGUGGAGUUGCUUCUUUCUCAUGGUGCCAAUCCGAGUGUCACUGGUUUGCAGUACAGUGUUUACCCAAUCAUUUGGGCAGCAGGGAGAGGCCAUGCAGAUAUAGUGCAUCUUUUGCUGCAAAAUGGGGCUAAAGUCAACUGCUCUGAUAAGUAUGGAACUACCCCUCUUGUUUGGGCUGCACGGAAGGGUCAUUUGGAGUGUGUUAAACAUUUAUUGGCCAUGGGAGCUGAUGUUGAUCAAGAAGGAGCUAAUUCAAUGACUGCACUGAUUGUGGCAGUGAAAGGAGGCUACACACAGUCAGUAAAAGAAAUUUUGAAGAGGAAUCCAAAUGUAAAUUUAACAGAUAAGGAUGGAAAUACAGCUUUGAUGAUUGCAUCAAAGGAGGGACAUACAGAGAUUGUACAGGAUCUCCUUGAUGCUGGAACAUACGUGAACAUACCUGAUAGGAGUGGGGAUACUGUGUUGAUCGGCGCUGUCAGAGGUGGUCACGUGGAAAUUGUCCGAGCACUUCUCCAGAAGUACGCUGAUAUAGACAUUAGAGGACAGGACAACAAAACUGCUUUGUAUUGGGCUGUAGAGAAAGGAAAUGCAACAAUGGUGAGAGAUAUCUUACAGUGCAGUCCUGACACCGAGAUGUGCACAAAGGAUGGUGAAACACCACUUAUAAAAGCUACCAAGAUGAGAAAUAUUGAAGUAGUAGAACUGCUGCUGGAUAAAGGAGCUAAAGUGUCUGCUGUAGAUAAGAAAGGAGACACUCCUUUGCAUAUUGCUAUUCGUGGCAGGAGUCGGAAACUGGCAGAACUUCUUUUAAGAAAUCCCAAAGACGGGAGGUUACUAUAUAGGCCCAAUAAAGCAGGCGAGACUCCUUACAACAUUGACUGUAGCCAUCAAAAAAGUAUUUUAACUCAAAUAUUUGGAGCCAGACACUUGUCUCCUACGGAAACAGACGGGGACAUGCUCGGUUACGAUUUGUAUAGCAGCGCGCUAGCGGAUAUCCUCAGCGAGCCGACCAUGCAGCCGCCCAUCUGUGUGGGGCUGUACGCACAGUGGGGAAGUGGGAAAUCCUUCUUACUCAAGAAACUAGAAGAUGAAAUGAAGACUUUUGCAGGACAACAGAUUGAGCCUCUUUUUCAGUUCUCCUGGCUCAUAGUGUUUCUGACCUUGCUGCUUUGUGGGGGGCUUGGUUUACUGUUUGCUUUCACUGUCGACCUGAAUCUUGGAAUAGCAGUAUCAUUGAGCUUCUUGGCGCUCUUAUACAUAUUUUUUGUUGUCAUUUACUUUGGUGGACGAAGGGAAGGAGAGAGUUGGAAUUGGGCCUGGGUCCUCAGCACUAGAUUGGCAAGACAUAUUGGAUAUUUGGAACUCCUCCUCAAAUUGAUGUUUGUAAACCCACCUGAACUGCCAGAGCAGACCACUAAAGCUUUACCUGUGAGGUUUUUGUUCACCGAUUACAACAGGCUGUCCAGUGUAGGUGGAGAAACAUCGAUGGCUGAAAUGAUCGCGACUCUCUCGGAUGCCUGUGAGAGAGAGUUUGGCUUUUUGGCGACCAGGCUCUUUCGAGUAUUCAAGACUGAAGAUUCGCAGGGCAAAAAGAAAUGGAAAAAGACCUGUUGCCUGCCAUCCUUUGUCAUCUUCCUUUUUAUCUUCGGCUGCAUUAUUGCUGGAAUUACUCUCCUGGCUAUCUUCAGAGUCGACCCGAAACAUCUGACGGUGAAUGCUGUCCUCAUAUCAAUCGCAUCAAUAGUGGGAUUGGCCUUCGUGCUGAACUGCCGUACGUGGUGGCAGGUGCUGGACUCUCUCCUGAAUUCUCAGAGGAAACGCCUCCAUAAUGCUGCCUCCAAACUGCACAAACUAAAAAGUGAAGGAUUCAUGAAGGUUCUUAAGUGUGAAGUAGAGUUGAUGGCCAGGAUGGCAAAAACCAUUGACAGUUUCACUCAGAAUCAGACAAGGCUGGUGGUGAUCAUUGAUGGACUGGACGCCUGCGAGCAGGACAAAGUACUCCAGAUGCUGGACACUGUCCGAGUUCUGUUUUCAAAAGGCCCCUUCAUUGCCAUUUUUGCAAGUGAUCCACAUAUUAUCAUAAAGGCAAUUAACCAGAACCUCAACAGUGUGCUUCGUGAUUCAAAUAUAAACGGACACGACUAUAUGCGCAAUAUAGUUCACUUACCUGUUUUUCUUAAUAGUCGUGGACUCAGCAAUGCAAGAAAAUUUCUUGUGACUUCAACGACAAAUGGGGACAUUCCGUGCCCAGAUACUGCAGGGACCCAGGAAGAUGCUGACAGAAGAGUUUCACAGAACAGCCUUGGAGAGAUGACUAAACUCGGUAGCAGAACAGCCCUGAACAGACGGGAUACUUACCGGAGAAGGCAGAUGCAGCGGACCAUUACUCGGCAGAUGUCCUUUGAUCUUACAAAACUGCUGGUUACCGAGGACUGGUUCAGUGACAUAAGUCCUCAGACCAUGAGAAGGUUACUUAAUAUUGUUUCUGUGACAGGACGAUUACUGAGAGCCAAUCAGAUUAGUUUCAACUGGGACAGGCUUGCUAGCUGGAUCAACCUUACUGAGCAAUGGCCUUACCGAACUUCAUGGCUCAUAUUAUAUUUGGAAGAGACUGAAGGUAUUCCAGAUCAAAUGACAUUAAAAACCAUCUAUGAAAGAAUAUCAAAGAAUAUUCCAACAACUAAAGAUGUUGAGCCACUGCUAGAAAUAGAUGGAGAUAUAAGAAACUUUGAAGUGUUUUUGUCUUCAAGGACCCCAGUUCUUGUGGCUCGAGAUGUAAAAACCUUUUUGCCAUGUACUGUCAACCUAGACCCCAAGCUACGGGAAAUUAUUGCAGAUGUUCGUGCUGCGAGAGACCAGAUUAAUAUUGGGGGGCUCGCCUAUCCUCCACUGCCUCUUCACGAAGCUCCACCUAGACCCCCGUCAGGCUAUAGCCAGCCCCCAUCUGUCUGCUCUUCUUCCACUUCCUUCAAUGGACCGUUUGGAGGUGGGGUUGUGUCACCACAGCCUCACAGCAGCUAUUACAGUGGGAUGACAGGACCUCAGCAUCCGUUCUACAACAGGCCAUUCUUUGCCCCCUACCUUUACACGCCAAGGUAUUACCCUGGCAGCUCCCAACACCUCAUCUCACGUCCAUCAGUAAAAACGAAUUUGCCCAGAGAUCAGAGCAAUGGCCUAGAGGUUAUCAAGGAGGAUGCUGCUGAGGGGCUUCCUUCACCCACAGACUCCUUGCGGGAGCAGAGUUGGACGAGAAAGUUAAAGAUGCCUUGGCCGUGUGACUCUGGGUUUAACAAACAAAGACAGGGGUCAGGCCCAGCCUCAGGAGCAGCGGUAUCACUGAAUUCAAUGAAUGUGGAUGCAGUAUGCGAGAAACUGAAACAAAUAGAAGGUCUGGACCAGAGUAUGCUGCCUCAGUAUUGCGCAACCAUCAAAAAGGCAAACAUAAAUGGCCGUGUGUUAGCUCAGUGUAACAUCGAUGAACUGAAGAAAGAGAUGAGUAUGAACUUUGGGGACUGGCACCUUUUUAGAAGCACAGUACUAGAAAUGAGAAAUGCGGAAAACCAAGUGGUCCCUGAAGACCCACGUUUACUUAGUGAAAACAACAGUGGCCCAGUUCCUCACGGCGAAUCCGCUCGUCGCUCUUCACACAAUGAAUUGCCGCAUACGGAGCUUUCCAGUCAAACUCCCUACACACUGAACUUCAGCUUCGAAGAACUAAAUACACUUGGCCUAGAUGAAGGUGCCCCACGUCACAGUAAUCUAAGUUGGCAGUCACAAACUCGCAGAACCCCAAGUCUUUCGAGUCUCAAUUCCCAGGAUUCCAGUAUUGAAAUUUCAAAGCUUACUGAUAAGGUGCAGGCCGAGUAUAGAGAUGCCUAUAGAGAAUAUAUUGCUCAGAUGUCUCAGUUAGAAGGGGGUGCAGGUUCCACAACAAUUAGCGGCAGAUCUUCUCCACAUAGCACGUACUAUAUGGGUCAGAGUUCAUCAGGGGGCUCCAUUCACUCUAAUCUAGAACCAGAGAAAGGGAAGGAUAGUGAACCAAAGCAAGAUGAUGGAAGGAAGUCGUUCUUAAUGAAGAGGGGAGAUGUUAUAGAUUAUUCGUCAUCAGGGGUUUCCACUAAUGAUGCCUCACCCCUGGAUCCCAUCACGGAAGAAGAUGAGAAGUCUGACCAGUCAGGCAGUAAGCUGCUCCCCGGCAAGAAGUCCUCAGAAAGGUCCAGCCUCUUCCAGACAGAGUUGAAGCUUAAGGGAGGUGGGCUGCGCUAUCAAAAACUUCCAAGUGAUGAGGAUGAAUCUGGGACAGAAGAGUCAGAUAAUACUCCACUGCUCAAAGAUGAUAAAGAUAAAAAAGUGGAAGGGAAGGUAGAGAGAGUAUCAAAGUCUCCAGAACACAGUGCUGAGCCGAUCAGAACCUUCAUUAAAGCCAAAGAGUAUUUGUCAGAUGCCCUCCUUGACAAAAAAGACUCAUCUGAUUCAGGAGUGAGAUCCAGUGAAAGUUCUCCCAAUCAUUCUCUUCACAAUGAAGGGGCUGAUGAUUCCCAGCUUGAAAAGGCGAAUCUCAUUGAGCUCGAAGAUGAUAGCCACAGUGGAAAACGGGGGAUACCACAUAGCCUGAGCGGCCUGCAAGAUCCAAUUAUAGCUCGGAUGUCCAUUUGUUCUGAAGACAAGAAAAGCCCUUCCGAAUGUAGCUUGAUAGCCAGCAGUCCUGAAGAAAACUGGCCAGCGUGUCAGAAAGCCUACAACCUGAACCGAACACCCAGUACCGUGACUCUGAACAACAACAGUGCGCCAGCUAACAGAUCCAAUCAAAAUUUUGAUGAAAUGGAAGGAACGAGGGAGACUUCCCAAGUCCUUCUGAGGCCUGGCUCCAGUUCCAACCCAACUGCAAUUCAGAAUGAAAACCUCAAAAGCAUGACGCAUAAGCGAAGCCAGCGUUCAAGUUACACAAGGCUCUCCAAGGAUUCUUCAGAGCUCCAUGCAGUGGCCUCUUCUGAUAGUACAGGCUUUGGAGAGGAAAGAGAAAGCAUUCUUUAAGAGAAAUGAGCAAAGCAGAAUAGUAUUACCCUACCCCUGGGACAAAAUUGACCCACAUUUAUAGUGAAUCCAUCCAUGCAUGCCGUCUUUGUACGCUUCAUUCACAAAUAAUGAAUGGGAAGGUCUUUGGUAAAAGAAGCAUACACUAUACACAGAGGAAAGUGUAAGAAGGGGCGAUGGAUCAGUCAGCCUCCACUGUCUUUGUAAUUAGAAGCUUUAAAACUCACUAUUGUUAUUGGAACUUGCAUUGGCACACAACCUCAUAAAAUUUUUUGAGACAAGAUCUAAGUAUAAAAAUAGGUUAGAAAUAUCUUAUUAGAUAGAAAGGGCAUGAUUUGCCAAAGAAAAUGGAAAGCUAGAGACCCCUUUUGGACAACAUUCACUCAUCAAAUAUUCAAAGAAAGACAUGGUAUUAGAUGAACCAGAAGCAGAUUUUGCUCUUCGAGGGUAAAAUAUAAGAACUUAUAUGUUAUGGAGUAGCCCAGAGACUACUGUAUAAAUAGAGGACCAGUGUUGUAUAUAAUAGACACAUUGUUUAACAAGGGCUUUAAAAAUUGAUAAGAAGGUGAAUGAACAGUGCUCAAAAUAGAGACCCAGUGAUGAGACCUUUCCGAGCUGCUAGGGGAGUGGCCCGUGGGGAGGGGCUGAGAACCUGCCUGGGACCUGGAUACUGGCCUCCACGUCCCAGACGUGGCUCUCACCCCAUCCACUAGCUUGAGAACCCACGCUGGUCUCUUCUGUGACUCUUUUAAGUCAUGUACCCAACUUUUCUUAGCCUAGCAGUGAGAGGGAAAAACAUGAAUUCUUUCUCUGGACAAUCAGGGAGACACAGGUAAUAAUAGGCUCUGAUACUCAUGGGUCAAGAGAAUGAGGAGAUAAUUACAUCAGAAAGGUCAGUGUCACUUGACAAAGACAAGGAAAUAUUUAAUCAAGUAAAAUUAAAUUAUGCCUUCUAUACCAGUGUAGAGUAUAUCUAUCUACUUCAUCUUUUCCAAAACUAGCAUGCUAACCCCAGGGGAGGACCGUAGAAAAGGAUAUACUUUAAGAAGUUUUAAGAUGUCACAAAGCAAGGGUAAAAAGCAGAUACAACUGGUGAGACUUUGCAUUUAUUCUUAGCAGGGUUAAGAGAAUGACCACAUUUAAGUAUCAUAUGGACUAGAAGUGGACCCUGUCAUCAUGCAUUGAAUUUUUUUGUUGUUGUUUUAACAUAGCCUAUUUAUGUAGAAUUAAUUUUGGCAAUAUAUCCUCAGUCACAGAUAAGAUCGUAGAUGGUGAGAUCGUAGAAUGUGCAAUUACCCAAAGUUAGUGUUACAUUUGUGAUAGUUUUUACUUAAUAGAUUUUUAUUAAUACACUGAAUAAAUUAUUUAGUUGACCAGUCAUUGCGCUGAAUAGUUGCUGUUUGGGGUUUCAUUGUCUUGAUGUUUGAGUAUAAUCUAACAUUUCCUUAAAGUGUUUAUUUUGCAUGACUUUAACAAAUGUUUUUAACCAAUUUAAGGCAGGAUGUUAUUGACAUUAUAUAUUGAAAUGUUAACAUUUUAGUAUUUAUAGUGGUUUAGUUCACAGUAUUGUAUAAUUAGUAAUUAUUUCAGAGGCAAUAUUUUGUUCUUUUUCCGGUGAGUAGAUGCAGCUUAAUAUCAUUGUCGUACAUUCUUUACGCUGUUUGUGAAGUUAAUACUAGAGUAUUAAGUGUACAAAUAGAUUUAGAGAACAAUAAAAAAAUUGCAUGUUA